AUGCCAAAGCGAAAGCAUGAAGAUGCCCCAGAGGGCUAUGCCUACCUCAAACCCCAAGUUCGCCGUGUUCCAGAAAAGACCAUUAAGUCAAAAUGGGCGCCAUUGCCCGAGCCAGUCCAGGAAAAGGUCCGCGACAUGUUCCAUUCCCUCGAGCGACCGGUGAUCAUGCGGAAUCAGAACGAACGAAAGCGUAUCGAAGCACAGGGCGCUGUUCAAGCGGUGGUACGAAAUCUUAACAAACGCCUCCCGCGGAUGCCCUUCCCACCCAUUACAAAAGACUCUAAUUUCGACUAUGAAUCUGCCUUGAAUGAGCAUCGCUUGCUUGAAGCCAGCCUGGCUACGAUGAAUGACAGUGUCGAUCUACUCAAAGCGGAAAUUGCCAAAGAAGAAGCACUACUUGCCAGUGAAACCAAAUCCCUCCAGGAUAUGGACAAAAAUGCCAAGCGCGCCGAAGCCGAAAGAAAAAGGCAGACCAAAAACGUAUGUGACGGAAUCACGAAGAUGAAUCUGUACGCUAAUGGUCAUCCCAAGGAACACCCAGUGCUUCGGCAACUUGAUGCACUACCUCAGAUAGAGAGCUCUGUGUCGUCCGAGCUCAGGCUUCUGGGCACAAAACAGAGCCAACCUACAUUGGACGAGUUGGACGAUGAUCCCGAGGCCCUAGGACUGAUGAAACAGUUGAAUGGCCAUUUGCAAUCUAUGCAAAGCAAUACCGCACCUUUUUCCGACCUCGGCGAUGCCAUCACCCGCUCCCAAGCUGCGUUGGAUACGUAUUCCAUGCCUAACGAUUGA